UCGCUCAUCACUCAACGGAAGUUUUAAAACAUAGCGGGACUACUUCACGUUUUCCAAUAACAAAAAGAAAAACCUUACAAACUGCAUUAAAAAUGUCCGAAACCGAGUUCGCAAUUUGCCCUUACAACGAGAGUCACCGCAUUGCGGUAUUCCGGAUGCCGAAGCACCUCGUCAAGUGUGAGCUGAACUACCGUGGACCGCCGCUGAAGAUCUGCAAGUACAACGCCGCACACCGCGUUCUCGACAUGGAGGAGCACCUUAAAGAGUGCCCCUACUAUCGCCGCUUCAUGGACAACAAGUGCUUGGAAAUAGCCCUCACCACGCGCACUGCGCCCACCCAGGAGGAUGGGCACGUUGUCAGCACUCCGCUAUAAG